AUGAUGAGUUAAAAGAGCGAAAAAGAUGAAGCGCGCUAAAUUUUAGAUGAUCUUAUCAAAGAAAGUACUGAAAAUUAGCAAGAAAUAGACUAAAACAGCUACCAAACAUUAAGAUUAAUACAAAAAAAGAAAAAAGAGUUAAAAUUGUCUAUAGCAAAUGAAAUAGUAGAUAGAUUGUUAUCAAAAAGUAUCGAUGAUUCUUAAAAAUAAAUUUUAUCAAAUCUUUCAAAAAACAUAUAUGAAGGAGAGGAUUAGUUAUUAAAAUAAUAAUUUAACAGUUUAUUUACACAGCAAGUUGAAAACAUGAUAAUCAAUAGCAAGAAAGAAUCUCAAACAGUUAAAGAUCUACUACAAAUAAUUCAGUAACAAGCAGACAGAGAACUUUAUUCUUUCGAAUCGGAUGAUUCUAAGUUAUUUACCUAGAUUCGAGAGCGUCUCUAGUAAAAAGGAAUAAGUACUGGACCGUAACAAGCUGCUGCUACAUUUUAAAAUAGUUUUCCAGAUUUAAACAAACCUUUCAGUUUUGAUGAUCAGUAAUUUGAUGAUAUAAAGAUAUAGGGUAAGGAAUAAAACAGCCCUUUUGAUAAACAUUAAGUUGAUUAAGGCAAAAGUGAUUAGAAUAAAAAUACAAACUUAUUAGAUUUUGAUGGCGAUAAUUAGUUUAAUUAGAAUAAUAUUUAAAAGGACAACAAUGAAUAAAACUUUAAUUGGGAUUAGUUUUAGUUUGGUGACAUUAAUACUUUUAGUAACUAAGAAAAAUAAGAAGAGAAUAAAUAGCAGUAGUAAUUCAGUGCUGGCUUUGACAUGGAUUGGUUUAAAAACAAUGAAUCAGUGCAUUCUUAGAUUUCAUAGAAGCAGAGUGGAAAAAGCAAUAGGUAGAUUUCGAAUAAAUAAUAGGAAGAAAAAUAAGAAUUCAACUUAAGCGACUUUAUUUAAAAUAGUCAAGCAUCUCAUUCAUAAAGCGUUAGUAGCAAUCAUAAAGACUUUUCAUUGACAGACUUAGGUCUUCAAAAAAGAAGCUAAGAUUUAAAAGAUAGUGGGGUUAAAGUAUAAAUGGAUUAAAAUGUAUUGAAUUUUAUGCCUUAAAUCAAUACUUAACAAAUAUAAGAAACUCCUAAAUAAAGCAAGCAAAUUUUAAAUAUGGAAGAAAGCUCCUCUAAUUAAAAAUAGAGCUAAGAAAGCAGCAGCUAAUUAUAAAAUAAAUUUAAAGAUUAUAAUCAAAAUCAAAAACCAGAUGAGAUUAAAAUUAAUUUGAUUAAAAGUGAUAACUAAUUAAUCGUAGGAUCAAAUAAUGUGGAAGAUAAUUAGUCUUCGUCUUUCGGUAAAGGAGAAUUUGUUCUUAAAUUUGGUAUGAAUGAAUCUUAGCUCAGGAAAAAUGUUGUUCAGCAAAAUGCUAAUAUAAAGGAUGAUGAAAUUGAUUAAAAUUUGUUAAAUCCUAAGAAUAUUUCUGAUAAUUAUUUACUGCAAGGCUACAAGCAAGCUUAAUUUGAUAUGCGUUUAAAUAAUAUGCUAGGAAGUGUGUAAAAAUGUGAGUCUGAAAAUUCCAGAAGUGGAUCUCAUUUUUAAGACAGCUAAGCUCAGCAGAGUUUAUAAAAUUUAGAAUUUUUUCUUAAAUUUGAUUAAAAUUAAUCAAAAAAUAUUUUAUCUGAUGAAGGUUUACCUAAUAUUGGAGAUAAAUCCUAAUAGCUAAGUAGUAAUAGAAAAGAUAAAGAUAAUUAAAUUCAAUUAAAGCUAAAUGAAAAUAAGAAUAUGAUGUAAAAUAAUAGUAAUAUAAAUGAACCAAAUGAAGCUGUUUAGAAAAAAGAUAAUGUAGAUUUAACUGAAAAAGUUAAUUUGGAUAAUAUGUGGGAUGAAAUGGAAAGUUAUAAAUCAGAAGUAGCUAGUAAAUAAUCGUUAGAAGAUAGUUAUAUAGCAUAAAAAGUAGCUGCUGUAUAGGGAAGAAUAAAUACACUCAAUAAAAGUAAUUUAAAUUUGAGUCAAGCAAGUAUAAAAUCAUCUGUUUCGAAAAAAUCUGAUUAAUAGAAAAAUAGUCAAAUUAUUAAUAAAAGCUAAAAUCUUAAUUAAAAAACAAAUGAAUUGCUUUAGAGGUCUAAAAAAUAUUAAGAAUACCCUUUGAAAGAAAAUGUAUAAUUUACUCAUAGCUCAUAAAGUCUAAAUUAACAGAAUUAAAUUAACAAUGAUUCUAAAUAAAACUCAGCAAAUAAAUAAGAAUAAAAGGUUAAUUUAUCUCAAAAUGUUUUCUUUGAUCAAUCUAGCACAAGUCACAAUAAUUAUAAUUUUGAAGAUUUUGGAAUGAAUUAAAGUCAAAUGAGUGAGACUUCUUCUAAAAGUUCAGUCGUCAUGCCUAGAAAUGAGGAGGAAAACUUUCAAACAAACAGUUAAUUAAAUGUUAAAGAAACAAAUGAAAAUUUUAAUUAAAUAAAAAUGCAGAUAGAUUAGUAAAAAAGUUAGUUAGGUAAAUUAAGUUCUAUUAGUAAUAAAAAGCACUCAGAUAGUCUUUCUCAAUAAAAUGAAUAACUGAGUUAAAAAACUUAAGAGAUAAUUGAAAGGGCAAACAAUUUGAAAAGAAGCUAAAAUAUUUCAAAUGAAAAUAUCAAUUAAAAUGUUAAAUUACAUUAGAGCAAUAGUAGUCAGUAAAAAGGUUUGUAUAAAGAUGAGUAAUCUUCAAAAAUUAAAGAUCUUAUUGAGAGAAGCUAAAAGAGUAUUUAGAAAACAAAUGAGAAUUUUAUGAAAUAUAGCGUUUCUAGCAACGCAGUAUCUAACAAAAGUAAAUCCUAAAUAAAUUAAGUGAAAAUGACAUCUUCUUAAUAAUCAUAAAACUAAAAAGAAAAGAGUCUUAACUUUGAAGAUUUUGGCAAUUUAAACAUAUCUCAAAGCUAAAGCUAGAAUGAUAGCUAAAUUAUAUCUGAAUACAUAAAGCAAUAAAUUUAAGGCUGCAAAGACUCUGAUAUAAGUAACAAUAAAAACAACAACUUUUUAGAUAACAACUCAACUAUCAAAUAAAAAUAAGUAUCUAGCAAAAUAGAAAAUUCAAAUAAUUUUGAUUUUGAUGAAUUUGGAUCAGUUCACGAAAGCGAAAGUAACUAAAGUAAAAGCAGCAUUAUCAAUGUCAUUCAUGCAAACACUAUAAAAAAUUUGUAAAAUAAAUUUAGUAAUGCUUAAAAAGAAAUGCAAGCAGGUGAUAUCUCGAAAACAAUAAGUGUUGGCAUUCAGUAUUCUGAUGAUAAAAAAGCAAGUGGUUAAUUUAAUUUUAGCGAUUUUUAGAGUGUAGAAUAAUCUGCAGUAUCUAAUAUAACUUAAUUUUAAGAGCAACAAAAUAAGUAGUAACAGUCGCAAAUUAAUCCAAACAAUAACAGUAGUAGUAGUAAUAGUUAAAUAUUUCCUCAAACUAUAUCUUAGAUUUUCAAAUAGAAUGAUAGAAUUACUAAAUCAGAUAUAAAUCAACAGUUCAAUUAAUUUUAAAACAUUGAACAUUCUCUUUCGGAUAAUGAUAAGGAUGUGAAUUACUUGUCGAAUCUUUCUUAGUUCACUAAAAACUCAGAUAUUAAUGAGGAAAUUUGUAAGAAUAGCGAGAGAAAAGAAUUAGCAGAGUUGGCUUAAUCUGUGUCAUCAAGCAGAAGUAAAGUUUAAUAUGUAUAGCACAAGAUUAUAGAAGAUUACUAAAAUGAGGAUAAAAGUUAGUUAGAUACCUUACAGGAGUAACCAUUAAAAGAAGAUAACGAACUGAGUCAUCAAUUCUAUAUGUCCAAUCAGUAGAAGCACAACUUCCAAGAUUUCUUUGGAAAUUAAGAUGAAAAUAUUGAUCCUGAUAACCAAUUCAUUGAAGAAUAAAAAGUUAUCAAUGAGCGUCUUAACACUCCAAAGUGUGCUUUAAAUAAAAAUGAUUUUAUUAAUAACUAGGAUUUUUAGCAGCCUUAGUAUCAAAAUUAAAAUUAAUAAAUUUAUAUUGAUUAAAAAUCAUCAUCUUUUUAACAAUUCGGAUAGGAUUUCAAUAGUGAUAAUCAAACUUUAAAUACUCACAAUUACACUAAUCAAGCAUUCUAAAAUAUUUAGGAAGUAUCUGGAUAGAUAAAAAGUGAAAAUUCAAGUAAAAAAUAAAUAUAGCCAAAUAUAAUUUAGCAAAAUAUGAUUAAAACAUUUGAUCAAAAUCUAUCUGAGACUUAGGAUUUUAAUAAUUAAUUCUAAAUCAACGAUUAAUCAGACUAGAAAAACUAAAUUGAAAAUUAAAUGUAUAAUCAAUUUAAUGAAAAUUAGAACAAGGAAUUCUAGUAACUUCCAUCAUUACCUACUGUAAAUUUUUAAUCCAAUUCUAAUUUUAAUGUCGCUGCUGUAGAUAUGUAAAACGACUUAGAAAGAGAUUUGCAUCAUAGCUAGAUCAGAGGGAGAUAAGAAAUCGACAGCUAGAUGAAUUAAAACAGCAAGAAUUAAAUGUAGUAAUUUAAUUAAAAUUUAGAAUAUUAGUAAAAGAGCUACUAAACUGAAGAGAAAAAUGAUAACAACUUAAAUAUAGAUUAAAGUAUCUCAUUUGAAAAUGAAUAUAAUUAAAGAUUAAACCUUCAAGACCAUUAAUAAAACUUCAGCAUGUAGAAUAAAAGCAAAUCAGCAUUAAAUUUAGAAAACUAAGAAAUUGCUGAGAAAUAUUCUUAACUAGAUUAAUAACAAUAAAGCGAUUAAUAUGGCUUUUAUGAAUAAAAUGUAAAUAAAAAUAAUAUAAAUUAAGAUAAUUUUGGCGAACAAAUGUAGCAAUAAUUUUUAUAGUAAACACAAUAAUAAUCAAAUUAAAAUAAUUCAUAAAAUUAAAUUAAAAAUAAUGAUUAAUAAAAUGAAAAUGAGGCUAAUAUGGGAAUUUAAUAGCAAGUUUAAACUAACUAUACAAAUGUGGCUAAUAAUUUCGAAUAGGAAUAAGGUGAUUAUAGAGCUUAGGAAUACAAAUUAAUGAGUUCGUAAUUAUAAAAUAGCAAUCUUUGCAGCGAAGACUCUUAAGAUUAGUUUUCAAGUUUUUAAUAGGCAAAUUAAACGAAAUAUAUAAAACAGAAAUAGAAUUAAUAAGAUGAUCAUUAACAUCACAAUGAGGUAUCAGAUGAAUAAAAAGAUUCAUUCAUAUAUGAGCAAGAUAAGCAAAUUAUUUUAGAAUAUGAAGACAAUAAUAUAAAAUAAAAUGAUUAAGAGAAUUAAUUAAAUAACUAUGUACAAAAUGAAUAAAUUGAAGAGUAAUACUAAGAAUAAUAGGAUAAUUUAACAGACAAGAUGGUAGAUCAAUCUAAUAACUUAAAUACCUUCUUUUUGAAUUAAAAAUAAUAAGUUUUGUAUACUUUCGAUCACUCACAAUAUUAGUAAGGUGUCAAAGGGCUUGAUUUAUAUAGCAAAGGAGAAAUUAUGUACUUUUAGGAUUAAUAAAGUUAGAUAGAAAGCUAAACUUAGAAUUAACAGAACUAAUUUACUUAGGAUUUUGAAUAAUUAAGAAAAAAGAAACAAGUUUUUGAUUCGUAUGGCUCAGAUAGCUAAUACUAAGACCAAGAUGAAAAUAUUAUAGGCCAAUAAAUCCUUUUUUCUGAUUAAAUUUAACCAACUGUUUUAGAAACGGUUAAGGAAUAAAAGCAACCUGAGAUUGAUUUAUUUAUGGGGGAUAAUAAAGAUUUUUCAAAUCAGAAUUUGUUCAAUCCCAAAGCAAAAAAUGUAAAUUAAGAUGACGAAGCUAGUUUUGGAGAGGAAUAAGAUGAAGAAUACGAACAAAAGUUAAAGUAGUAAUAUUAAAAUCAACCAGUCUAAAGAGAAGAUUAAAAUGUAAAUCAAGAAUAAUUUUAGUUUGAUCCUCAAAACUAAGAACUCAACUAAUAAAACGAACAGCAACUUUAAAAAAUGUUAUAAAAUAUUUCAAUAAAUGAUUAACAAAAUAAUUUACAAGAAUUCUAAGGACAACAUGGUUAAUUCUUUACCCACUUAGAAAACUAAGAGAAAAAUGAAAAUCUAGGAGAUGAAGAAGAAGGAAUUAACUAAAUUUUAGAAAAUUCAAGAGGUGAAUAAAUAUAAAAUCACAAUAGAGUUGAAAGUAAUUUGGAAAUUGUUAAAAAUCCUGAUCUUUAAUAUGAUCUUAAUUCUUAAAUUUUCUAAGAGUCUGUCAUAAAUCCAGAUGGAAAUGAAAUAUUUAAGAGCACUAAUAGAUAAAUACUUGAAUUAUUUCCUUCUAUUUAGCACAAUGUAUCAAAAGGUCUCCAUAGUCAUUAAAACAGUAAUAUUUCAAUACCCUAUAUAAAGAACUCUGUAUGUUAGGCAGAAUUGUCUAUGAUAAACGAAAGUUUACAUUAAAAUUAAAAAAAUAAUAAUUAAAAUAAUAAAAUUGCAGAGGUUAAUUAAUAUGAAUAGUUUAGUCCAGAAGAAGCUGCUAACAAUCCUCAUUACUUAUUUGAAAAUAAAACUUAAGAGUUAAAUUAGCACAAAGAUUAAUAACAAAUUGAAGGUUGGAAUUUUAAUUAACAACAAAUUUUAAGCAACAACAAUACUUAAUAAAUAUAAAACCCAAUAAACAACGUAAAUUAAAAUUAACAAUAAAAUGAGGAUGAAUUUUUUAUGGCAGAUUAAUAUGGUUACCUAGAAUAAGGAUUUAUUGAAACCGGAAUAGAAACAAAUACAAAGGACAAUUAAUAUAGUAAUAAAUUAAAUAAAUAGAAUAUUUCACAAAAGUAAUGUCAAGAUUUUAUGGUUAAUCAAGGUGUUUUUAGUUAAAAUAAUAGAUAUAGUCAAUAAUUCAAUAAUAUUUAAAAGGCAGAGGAUUCAUAAACUAACUAAAGUCCUUAGUAUCAAAUGGAUAAUUUAGAUUUUAAACUUAAAGAAAAUAGCUAAAAAUAAGAAAAAAUAUUGAAUAGCUAAAAUGAUUUCAGCUAAAAAAGAUAUGAUUUUCCAUUAGACCAAGUUGAUAAAAGCUAAAGUGAUUUAUUUUAAGAAAAUUAAGAUAAUCAAGAUCUAAGAUUUGGUUCUUCUGCUAAUAAAACAGGUGAUCAAGAUUAAAUCCACCAAAUUAUUGAUUAAAUUUCGCCAUAGCAAUAAGAAAAUUAACAAGAUUAAUUAAACUGGGAUGAUUUUGCCAAUAAAACUGGAAGUAGUGUAGACUCAUAAAUAUAAAAUUCUUUUGAAAUAUUUUAAUAAAUAGGGCAUAAUAAAGAGACUUAAAAUUAAUAAAAUAAAGUCAAUUUCGAUGAUUUGUUUGGAUUCGUAGAUCAAAAAAAGUCUUCAUAAAAUUUAGAUCAAAAAAAUAAUUCAUAAAUUGUUCAUUUAGACAUGAAUAAAAAUUAAUAAAUUAAUAAUAAAGAAAAUGACAAUAACUUAAAAGAUAAUUUUGAUUUUUUAAAUUUUAACAACAAUAAACUUGCAAAUAACUCUGAUUUUUAUGAUCCAAAUAGCAAUAAUAAAGAUUAAAAUAAUAAUAAUAAUAAUAGCUUGAUUGCUUCAUUUUUAAAAAGUGAUGAUAAAAAUAAUUAAAAAAUUAAAUAAAUGGACAGUUCAAUUUUAGAGAAAGAAGAGAAAGGAAAUACUAAUGAAUAUAGUGAUAUUAUGACCAAUCCAGUAAUGAUGAAUUAUUAAAAAAAUGAAGAUAAAAGCUAGAGCUUUGAUAUGGGUUAAAAAAUAAAUAUCCAAUUAAAUUAAAAUAUGUCAUAAGAAAGAAUAAAUUAAAAUCCAUUUCAUGAUUUUAGCAAUAAACUUAACGAUUAAGACCAAAUUUUUGAUAUGGGUAAAGCUACUUCUUUCUAAGAUAAAUAGUAAAAAAUAGAGUAAACUUUUGACAUGAAUAUGCCUAUGAAUUUAAACACAAAAAAAGACAAUAUUGAUGAUAGUAUCGAAGUACCUAUUAAUUAAAAAUCAAAAUAAAUUAAUAUGGAAGAUAGUUUUGAUAUGAGUAAACCCACUAAACUUAAUAAUAAAUAAUACAAGGAUGAUGAAGAGAGUUUUGAUAUGAAUAAGCCAGUUAAUCUUUAUAAAAAUUAAAAUAAAUUAGAAGAAAGCUAUGAUAUGAACAAGCCAACAAACCUUGGAUAAAUAUAGGAAAAAAACGAAGAAAGUUUUGACAUGAAUAAACCAAGGUAGCUUCAUUUUAAAAAUGACAAAAAGGAAGAAGAUGGGGGAAUAUUUAACAUGGAAAUGCCCAGAAUGAUGCAUAAAAAAUCUAUUUUAUAUGAAAAUAAAAGCCCAAUCGAUAUUAAUAAAGAAUUAGAUUUUUUUUUAAAAGACAUAUUUGUGCCUUCCUCGAAAACAAGAUAAAACAUAACGCCUAGUUAUAAUAAAUUAGAUAACUUAAAAGGAAAAUCUAAAGAAAUCGAUAAUGUUGUAGACUCUCCUGCAAGAGGUAAAAAUAUUGAAAUAGCCUUGAUUUAACAAGUGAAUCCUAAUGACGUAGUAGAUAUGGAAGCACCAGCAAUUUUUAUGUAGAAUACCAAGAAAUCGACUUAGAGUGGAAAUUCAGGUGGAAGAAAUAAUACCCCUAACAAUCCUAGUUUUACUCAUAAUAACUUUGGAUUUGGUUUAACAGGAGGUUUAAGUGUAAUAGCUCCCAUUGAGGGUGAAAGUGAUUGUGAGUAAUAAAAUAUGGAUCUUGGAAGCUUUAGUUCAAUUGCUAAAAUUCAGUUGCCUGCUAAAAAGUAAUACGAAUUUAAUGAUCUUAUGCAAUUAACUCAUUAAAGUCUUGCAAGUCUUAAUUUAGAUGUCGGUGUUGCACUAAGUGAGAAAAUAGAUAGUCCUAAUUAAAUAAAAAAGUUUGAUUUGUAGAUGGAAAAAGAACACUCUCACUGCUUUGUAAAUUCACUUACAAAUUUAGAUCACAGUAGUAAAUGCUCUCAAUUGUAAAGUGAAAAUCUCAAAAAGAAUAAAAGUCAUAAUGAUAUUAGAAUUUCUAGUGCAAGCAACUUUAAUAAUUAAAAUUCAUUAAAAAUUUUACCUUUCAAUUUAAAGAAUAAUUUAAGCAGCUAUAACAAAUAAAAUAGUUAGACCAACAAUAAUUAAUUAAAAAUUGUUAAUGUAACUAACUAAAUUCAAGUCAAAGACAAUGGUAGCCAAGAAAUAUCAUAAAAGGAAUUAAAUAUGCAAAUAACAGAAGAAACACAUUAACCAUAGCUUAAAAAUACCCUUUAAAGCUCAUAAACGAAUUAUGUUCCGUAAAUAAAUGAUAAUGAUAAGCUUAACAUCUAACACAAUGAUCUUGCUUUAAUUAAUGUAAUUAAAGAAAAUGAAUCAUUGUAGGAACAUAUUCCCAUCUCAAAAAAUCUUUAAGAGAAUAAAACUCAAAAUAAGUAAAAUGUAAACUUAGGAUAAAUUUUUGGUUUUACUCAAAAAAAAGGUAAUUAAUAAAAUAAUUCAAGUCUCAGUGAGUUAUAAGGUCUUUAAAUAUCAGAAUAGCCUUUAUAAAAUAUCAACAUUUAAAAGAAAUAAAAUUAAAAUAUUAAUUAAGAUAUUUCUUGCGAAGUAGAUUUAAACUCUAAUUUGAAACAGAAUGAUUAAUUAACACCAAGAAAUUAAGGAGAAUUUAAUAAUGAGUAAAUAAAUAUUGAGAAAUCACCAGGAUCUUAAUCAUCUGAAGGUAGUGAGUCUUUUUAUACUGUUAAGGAUAAAUUAGAAGUAUCAUAUUAGUAAAAUAUUGAUAAAGAUACUUUAGGUGAUAAAAAGUAAGAUGAUUCAUUCUAUUCAGUUUCAGAUGAGUAAGGAAUUAAUUAGUCUAAGCAAAAAAAUGAAGAAAACACUGCUUAAAUAGAUUAAAAAUUAGAUAUUUAAAAGCCUUCAAGUAGAGAUUAAGAAGACUAAGAUAUAAAAUAAUAAGAUUAAAACAAAGAAUAGGAUAAUAACAAUUUUAUGAUUGAAACAGAUGAAUUAGAUAAAGAAUUAGAGUAUUUUAAUUAAGAUAUUAAGGCGCAAGAAGAAGAGAAAAAAGAGAAAAUAGAUUUAGAUAAAUCUAUCAAUAAAUUCAGACCAUUUGCUAUGAAUCCUAAUGGAAAAAUGUCUAUUUAGAUAACAAGUGGAAACUCUUCUUUUACUCAAUAGAAUGAUAGCAAAUCAAUUAAAUCUCCUGGUAACAAUAAUUUAACAAAUCUUAGUAUAAAAAAUAUUCCUAAAAUAAUAACUUAUGAUCAGAUAAACCUUUAGAGUAAUUUAAACAAUUUACCUUCUUCCAAAUCUAAUAAAUAAGUAACUGAGUAAUCGAUUAUUGAGAAUAGAUAAAUUAUAGCUGAUAUGCAAGAAAAUAUUUUGAAUUGUAAUAAUGAAUCAGCUGAAUUCCAAUAAGAUUAAGAGUAGAGAGUAUAAUCAAACUAAAAUUAUUCUGCUAAGAUAGAGAAUAAUUAUAAAUCUGAUUAAAAUGAAUCUAUUGAAGAUCACGAUUAUUAACGCCCAAGAGUAUCAAGUCUUAAUAUUUAAAGCUAUACUGCUUAAAGCAAUACAAGAAAUGUGAUUAGCUCAAAAAUUAUAAAUGAUGAAUAGUCUUCUAAUACUUCUUAGGAUUUCUCUUGUAAUUUAAAUACCUUUUUAUCAACAAGGCUGUAUCCAAAUAAAUAAUCAAUGCUCGCUGGCUCUGAUUAAGAUUAUGUUUUAAAAAUCAAUUUUAAACAGAAAUCAUCAGAGGAAAAAACUACACACUUAAAAAAAAUAUCCGAAGCUUAAGAGUUGAAUUCUUAGCUUGAAUAAAUUUAAUCCCAAGGUGAUUAUAAUACAGCAUCAGAUGAUAAUUGCUAAAUUAGCCUUAGAGAAAUAAAAUUUGAAAAAAAUCCUUUUGAGUCAGAUUUCGAAAAUAACUCUGAGGGUAGUAAAAUAAAAGAAGAAUUAAAUGAUUAAGAUUAAAAAGAGUAGAAUCAUCUUUAAAAAGUUUAGAAAAAAAGUGAAAGUAGAUAAAAUCAAGAAGUAGAAAAGUCAAACGUAGCUUAGACAGGCUCUACUUUGGAUAAGAAAUAAGGUUUAAAUAAAAGAGUUUACAAGUUUGAUUUUGAAGAUUAUCAAAAUCCAAGUUUGGUAGCUAAUUCUUCUAGCGCUUCUCCUCUUUAAAAGUUUUACUAAUAAAAUAAUUUCGUUGAAGAUAGCAUGAAUAGAAAUAUUUUAGAAUCGGAGUUUACUAUUAAUCAAUCACAUUUAUCAGAAAUAGCUGCAAAUGAUAUGUAAAAAAAUGGAUAAGUAGAAAACCUUGAUUUUAAUAACUUAUCUCCAAUAUCUGCCCACAAAAUGAUUCUCAAACCUGAAUUAUUUUAAGAAAAUGCUUAAAAUAAUUUAAAUUCGAAUAGAUCUUUUGCAUCGCAAAAAGGAACAAGAAUGCCUUCUCCUCCUUCUUCUGUAUAUAAUCAGGUUGGGAAAAAUAAAAGUUCGUAUUAUUAAUAGAAGCAAGUUUAAUAAAGUGGUGAAAUAUAAUUGCUAGUUAGCAAUACUCUGCAAAGUAAAUCACAAUCUUCUAACUAAGUCAAUAAAAAUUAAGAAAACAGUUAGGUGCCUCCACCUAAUAUGAUUGAUGAAGAUGAUAUGUGGGCAAACAUGAGGAACGAAAGUUCUAUAUCAUAAAACGAGUCUGAUGACUCCUAUAUGUCAGAUAUUAUAUAAAAAAAUAUUUUAGAUCAAUAGAAAGACUUUGAAAAUAAAGAUUCAACAAGCAAUUAAAACUAAGUGAUAGUAAAAUAAGAAUAAGAAACAAAUGUAUAAUAAAAUAAAUCGCAAAGAUAGAUUGAUACUGCAACAUAAGCUCACCCUGUAGAAGCUCAAGAUUUCUUAAAUGAUAUGGUGAACUUUUGGAAUAAUUAAAACAAAGUAUAUAAUUUAAAUUAAAGCAACGAGCCUCAAACAUCAAGCAGAAAUAAUUAAAAUAACACUACUAAUCCUCAAAUACUAUCUAAUGCUGUUUCUUCUCAGAAAAAUACAUAAAUUUAACCUGAUUUCAGAAGAGAAGCUUUAGAUAAAAAUAAGACUGCAUUUUUUGAUAACACAAUUCAAGGAAAAGAUAAAUACUCUUUAGAGAUGAAUUAAUUGAUUGAAAAGUAAAGUGAAAGUUAGGUGUUUGAUUUCUAACCAAUUCAAACUAUAUCACACCAACCUUCAAAUAUGUAGGAUUUUACUUUUGAGCAAAAAAUGGUAUCCUAAAAUUAGUAAAAAAUUUCAUAUUCAGAAAGAUAAACAGCUGAACUCUAUAAUUCAUCAGACUUUCCACGCUAUGAUAGCAAUAAAACUUAAAAUUCUAGCAGCAACAAUAGUAAACCUUAGCAUUAGUAGAAAGUAUUUGAUUUACAAAGAAAUCAAGAUUUGCAAUAUAAUUUGAUCCUAAAAGGAAAUAUUCAGGAUAGUAUUAUUGAUGAGGAAUCAUAAUUAAAAAAUUAAUCAAUUCAGAAUAACAACAAGAACAAUUUUAAUAGCAGUCCUAAUAGCAACAACUUGCUAGCAGAAAAGACUCGACUAUCUGAGAUUCCAACAACAAGAACUAUAACUGAUUCUUCUAAAAAUAAGCUUUCUUCUUAUAUCCCUUAAAACAACAAAUCUUCUUCUAAUGAGAUUAAAAAGGAAGGAUUAAAUCCAAGGUAAGUGCAAUCAAUAUAUUAGCCAACAUAAAAUCUUAACUUUGGAACUUUCAACCAAGACUCAUAACUUGUAAAUUUGCAGCAAUAAAGUUCUAGCGUAAAAGAGAUAACUCCUACAAAAUCUUACAUGGAUAUCAGCAAUUAAUUUCCUUAGUAUCCUCUUCGAAUUGAGAUAUCUUCUCAUCCUGAAGACCCUAAAUUCUUUGAGAAUACAGACAAAGAAAAAGAAACAACUAAAGAAAACCCUACUUCUCGUACUCCAUCAACCUCUCCAAAGCAAGUAUUUAAACUCGCUACAAGCUACUUAAAUGUGCCUUCACCACAGACAAGUUUUGUUUUGAAUAAAGUCAAAGAUCUUACAGAAAGCCCUAAUUAGUUAUUUUAAAAAAAUAAUUAAUCUAAUUUGCCAGACUUAGGAGCUAAAAAGAGUAAAAGUAGACCAAGCAAAGAAGAUGUUAAAGUUUAGACUAUUUUAGAAGGUAUUGUAGACCUAGAUAGUCUGCCAGAUUUUUAAGAAAACAUUCAAAAUAAGCCAAAGGAUCAAAUAAAAUCUAUUUUAGAAGUUGAUGAAUACCUAGAAAGAUCUCCUUCAAAAUUGUUAAUCGAAGAAAAAUCAGAACCACCAAAAAUAAAGCUUCAGAAGACGCAAGAUUUCGAAAGCAAAUUAGAUAAUUUAGAAUAAUUAAAUAAGCAAGAGUAGCAAAAGAACAAGAAACUUUAAGAAGAAUUUUCACAAAUUUAUGCAGAGAUGUAAAAAUUAGCAGAAAUGUAGCUAAAAGAAGCAGAUAUCUCAAAGUAAGAGGAUUUUGAGUAGAAACAAUUAAGUAAUCAGAUUCAAAGCUUAAAUAGAUAGCUUUAGCUUCUUACAUAAAAUCAUGCUGCUUUGCUUAACAGGGUUGAGUCCGAAAAUAUAAAAACUAUAAAAAUAGCUUAAUCUAAUUUACCUUCAUUUUCUGGAGACAAUCAGACUAGCAAAACUAAUUCUGAAUAGAAGUUGUAAAUAAUUCAGAAAGAAUUGACAAAAGAUGAUGACAAAUUUGAAUAGAUAAUAAAAAAAUUCAAGUAACAAAAGCAAGAAAUUUCUUAAUUCCGUCAAGAAAUAAUCAAUUCUGCUUAAGAAGAAGGUGAUAAAAUAGGUAAAAGCUAAUAAAAUUAAAUCAAGCAAAAUGAGAAAAAUGAAGAGACAGAAACUAGUAAAAACUUCAAUAAUGUAAUGGAAAAACAAUCUCAGUUCUCAAAUACAUUAUAAAAGAUAUUGCAAGACAUUUAAUCUUUGAAUAACGUUAGCAAAAAAGAGGAGGUAGUUGAAAAUUAACUUUAAAAGAAAAUCAAGGACAUUUAGGAACAAGUUCUUAAAAAUAAUGAGAAAUUAGGUGAAAUCAACAAGUAUUACAAUGAAAUCAAGACAUAAGUUAACACAGAAAACCGUUCUAUCUCUCCAAAGGUCAAAGUAAAUAUCACCAGUGCAUCAAUAAAAAAGAGCUAAUCUCCUAAAACAAUUCAAGAUAUAUAUGAUAAUUAUCAAAGUAAUUUUAAAAAUGUCAAUUUAAACUCACAUCCUAAGUUGUCUUAAAGCAUUCUUUAACAAACAACCCCUUUUAACAAGAGUCCUGUUAGAGACGCCUAAUUAAAUGCAAAGAAAUAAAAAUACCUUUAAGAAUACGAAUCUUAUUCUACAUCAAAUUAGAAAAAAAGAUCUCUUAGUAGAGAAAGAGAGUCUUAGGAUAUUGAAAAUUCUUUCGAUUAAAAAUAAUAAAUUGAUGAGAAUUCUUAAGGCUAUAACCUACAAAACUAAUUCAAUUAAAACGCUUUAUAGUAAGCCAAAUAAUACCUUCACGAAUCUGCCUAAAGUAAUAGCUUUAGCAUGUCUAAGAAUUCCUUACUAAAUAAACUAAGUCCAAGUUCAAUUAGAUUCUCAUCACCUUCUAACAAUUUAGCCACUAAAAUAAGCUCUCUCUCACCUCCUACAUAGGAUUUACAGAGAUAAAAUAACUUUUCUCAAAUAAAAGAAUAAAAUUCUUCACUUUUUGAUAAAUCUUUGCUAUCUGAUUUGCAGAAGAAUUAAUACUUUGCUAAUUAAGCUGCAUUUCAGGCUCCUUAAAGCAUCAAAAAGCCACCAAUAGUUAAAUAAAUUCCAAAACCUCAACAAGAAAAGUUAGGAUAAAAAUAAUAAAAUCAACAAAUAAGUUUGUAAAAUACUUCAUAAUAAAAAGGAAGUGAUUUCUAUUAAUAAUACUAAAAUUCAAAUAACAGUUCCUACUAAUAACCCAACUAAGAUAGAUAAAGAAGCUUUAGUUCAAGUUAGAUUGUUAAUAACAUAAACUAGCCAGGAUCAUAGACGAUGCUUAAUUACUAAAAUGCUUUUAAUCCAUAAUAAAUGCAGUCAAUGCAAAAUUUAAAAUAAUAUCCUCCCACUUUAUUUAGCCCCUAAGUAAGAUCAAACACUGAAGUAUUUGAUUAAAACUUACCUAAAUUUAGCUUCAAUCAUCAAUAAUAAAAUGAAAAUUUCCAACAAAAAUUCUAGUUAUUCAAACAAAACAAUCUGCCAUUCAAUCAAAAUUAAAACAAUAACUUUUCUCAAAAUAUUCCCUUGUUUUAAAAUACAAACAAUUAUAGAUUUAUAGACAAUAAUCCUCAAUAACCACAACCUAUAUAAUCUUAACAACUUAAUUAAUUCUUUGGGAAUUCAGUAAAUUUACCAAAAAAUACAAACAAGUAAGUAUUUUUAUCAAAUGAAAAACUUCCAACAUUCAGUUAAUCUCAAGCAAAGCAAUAUGAAUAUGAACAAUAACAAUUUGAUAGAAAAUAUCCCACAUUCCAAAAUGAAGUCAAACCUUUCGAUGAAAAGAUAGAUUCUUAUGGAAAUAUUUUUAGAUAGGAUUAACUGUCUGCUCAAAAGCAGAUCAAUCAAGGAAGUUUAUAUGAUUUCAAGAACUCUUUUAGCAAUGUCAAUAUAAUCAAAUAAAAAAAUAAUAACGUCUAUACACCAAAUAAAGAUCAAACCGUGCUUCUUAGAAAUCAAUAAUAUAAGGAAUCAAACUUUAAUUAUUCUAUUAAUUAAUACAGAAAAAAUUUUGUAUCAAAUUAUUAUGCCUAAAAUGAAUGA